UGGAGGGAGAAACAGUGAAAUACGCAAACAGCAUUUAAACAAAGGGACAAAUGGCAGCAACAAGCGAGCUACGCAUCGAUUCGCUUCUCUCCGGUUUUGAUCAAAUUUGCGAGGAUUUCAAGAGGAGAAUCGAAGAGAUUCAGUUUCUGAAAUCAAAUUGGAAUGCAGAAAUAAAGAGAAGAGAAGCUCUUGAAUUCACUUGUGACUCUCUAAAACAAGAAUCCUUAAACAAUUUGGCUGAGCAGCUUGAAAAUCGUGCCAUAUGCCAGAGAUUGAAAGAACUCCAGAGAAGGAAUGAUGAAUAUCAGAGUAAAGAAGAGGAACACAGGAAGGCUGUGGAAUUGCUUAAGAAAGACCAUCUAAAGGAAGUUGGGGAUCUGGAGGCUAAAGUCAGAGGUCUUCUACUUGAAAAAGCAACAAAUGAAGCUACCACAAGUCAGCUGCAAAAGGAUUUAGCAACACAAAAAGACCAAGUGCAAGUGCUAUCAAAAAGGCUAGAUCAACUACAUUCUGACAAGGAAUCAGAAUAUCUUCUUGAGAUUUUGGACUUAAAAGAUUGUCUGCUGGUUGAACAAGAAGAGAAAAAUGAGUUGAAUAAGAAACUGAAGGAUGUGGAAAAGGAAUUGUUGAUCAGCAGAAUGAAGCUUGUGGAACAACAGGGAGAUUCAGCUUCCAAUCGGCAAGUUGAAACACUUAAGCUGAAGAUUAUGAAACUAAGAAAGGAGAAUGAGAUCCUUAAAAGGAAGCUCUCCUCCGUACAAGAGUCUUAGAGGUGCAGUAUCUCAAACUAUGCCAUCAUCCCACCUAGUGACCGUCUAUAUUCAAUAGAGAUGCUGCCCGGAGAAAGAUUAGACUAUUUUUAUAGGGUCUUAGAUAUGGCAUAUUGGGAAAAGCUUAGACCUCUUAUAAACUUAAAAGUAACUACACCACCAGAUGUGUAUAGAUGGGCCCUUUACCAUUUCUUUGGUAUCAUAUUGGAUGAGCAUUAGUUCUUCAAUGUCGAGAACUGUUGAGUUAUAGUCUUGUCCUUCCAGGCUGCUCACUGUUAAGUAGUAACCUUGGGUCUGAGAUCACUGAUUCAGUUGAUGUUGUGUUGCUGUAAAUUUAAUGUAGAUUACACUUACUUGAUUUUGGCUCCUUUGCUGUUUUUUUCACUGUUCAAUUUGGGAACUGAUUUGAAGUGGGAAAUAACUUUAAGAGUUGAAAACAACCUUUUGUAAUCUAGUUGGGAGGUAGGAGUGAAGCUUGAGCUUUGCUCCAUUAUAAAAUCCCAACUCAGCCUAGUUUGCAACUUGUGGCUGGGAUGGCUUGAUUAAGUACUGGUGAGCAACCUCUUGUCUGAUGAUAAUUUUAGGUGGAUAACUCUGUUUUUGCUUCAAUUUUUAUAUGUUUAUAUUUUGCUAUUGCUAAUCCCAUCGCAAAUGAUUAUAUAAUAAGACCAAUGGGUAAAUAUGUCAAAAUGGUUCAACUUUUGGUUAAUUUUUGUAAUAGGAAAUCCACUUUUAUUAAGCUUUAGGCAAAAUCCACCUGUAAUUGCAUGUGAUAGCCUGAAUGUUUAAUUUAACCCAUCUCUCUCUGCAUUGGUUCUUUUUUUUUUUUUUUGAGCCAGAAGAUCCUUUCUCACUAAGGAUCACAUGUUUAAUAUAAGCAUUCCUAAAACCAUAGAAUGAUUGUGGCUUUAAAGUUUCUGCAGUAUAUCAAAGACUAAUCAUGCUUGUUCUUGUUCUGGUUCAAAUCCCCAGUUGGUGGGAUCAUUGUGGAAACUAAUCCAUUAUCAAUUCUAUGAUCUAGGUUUAAAUAUUACUAUCUUGAUGUUUAUGGACAUCACUUUGUUGCUUUUUCUCCUUUCUUCUUUUCUUUCUUUUAUCAUUAAGCUGUCCAUAUAUUAAAAGUGUGAAAAGUAGUUAGUGCUUCCAGUGUUUGUCUUCUGUACAUAUCUUUUACCUUUCUUUUGGGUUCUCUGCACCCUGCUCCCAAGUGAUAGUUUUAUUUUUUAUUUUUUUAUUUUUUUUCACUAUUUUACAAACUAUGCUAUUUUUCCAUUAAAGAAAGAAAUGCAGAGAUAAAAUGGCAUGCUUAUGUAAUCAAUUUUCUGGCUCAGCUCUUUGCUCUUGGCAUGCUACUUGUUUUUGAUGAAGUUUUCAUUUAACUCCACAAAUCUUAAAUUAUAUGAUAUUUAUGUGUAAUCUUGAAUGGGUUAAUACUGCUUUUCUACUGCUGUUUUUUAAUGUUACAGAAAUUUGAUUAGUUUCUUUACCAAUUUCUGAGUACCAUUUGAAUUUUUCUAAGUUUGGUUUUGGGACUUUAGGUAGGCUUUUUUAUUCUACAGAUGAAUGUCCAACAAUUCCUUUUCAAACAGGCUGGCCUACAAUCGCUUCUGUGGCAUUUUUUAAAAUAUAUUUGGUCGUCUGCAUGAGUUUUAUGGUGCAUCAAUGCAAUGCCCAAGAAAGUUUGCCGAGUCUGGUUUGUUCAGAGGAAUAGGAAAGAACAGCAAAUAGCAUUUGUUUCUUGGUAGUUAAGUUGGGGCAGGGGGUGGGGAAGAGUUCUGAACCUGGGACUCAUUUUUUAGAGGAAAGAUGUGGAUACCAUUGAGGCAAUUCCUUAGAAAUGAAAGAAAGAUGUAAGUUAAGGCAAUGCCUCGGCCAUUUGUUAGAGCCUGAAUUGAACAGAUGCAAGCAGGACAAGUGACAUGGAAAGGGGCUGGGAAUGUUAUCCGAUUCUUAUUUGUUUGCCUAACUGCCUUAUGCUAUUUUGCAUGGGGAGCUACCUUGCAGUAAAACUAGCUUCAAAGUCUUUUAUAGUUGUUCACAUAGUUGUUAGAUAGUUUUAUUUAAUGUGUUAUUAGCUUUAAAAAUCAAUAAGUGCCCAUAAAAUCUGCUCAUGACUAUAGGCUAACUUCUGUCACUUGGUUUGCAAGGACUAGUUUUGUUUUUCAGACACAUUCGAAUGAGAAGACUGGAGGAGGCAAGCCAUGCAGUUCAACUGCUGGACUGCGAAAGCUGAAAGGAAAGGACAU